AUGGGCGGCGCGGCGGUGAUCGACGCCGGCAAGGCUAUCGCGGCCAUCGCCUACGCAGACAAGGACAGCGCGAAGGCCGCCGGGCGACUCUUGGCGGCUGCCAGCGAGCCGAGGGAAACAACCGCACCAGAGCAUGGAGGAGAGGCCGGGGUCGGGGCUGAGGCGGAAGCGGCGGGAUUAGCGCCUUUGCUGGGGCCCGUGCCCCUUGUGGCGAUCCCGCUCGUAGCCGGGAUAGGAUCCGAGGUCACUCCCGUCGCGACCAUCCUGGAUGAUCGCGACCCCUUGGAGCCUGUGAAGGUCACCGUGGGUUUCCACGACAGCGCGGCGGCGAUGCCCGCGCCCUUCAUGGCGAUCGUCGAGCCCCGCCUGAUGAUGAGAGUCCCUCUCGAGAUCACGUGGCCCGGAGCCUUCGUUGCCCUUGCGGGUUGCCUGGAGAGCUACGUGGCGGGGAGGGGUUUCGUGCCUGAUCUCAUGAGGUGGGGAGACAGCCACCAGGGCAUCGAGCGGGUGUCGAGAUGCCUGUCGAGGGAUCUGGGUUUCCGCGGACCGCUGUACCAAGAGCGGGAGGACAUCGCGUUUGCAGGCGUUGUCCGCGGCCUGGUCGCGUCUCGCACGGAAUGGGGUUUCCUGCACCAGCUGGCGUCGGCCGUGGCGAUUGCCGAGCUACGACGCCAGGAAGACGCCUACAUGGACCCCGCCUACCACCGCCGCAACCGCGCCCGCCGCCACACCGCGGACGGUACCGACAACCCUGACCGGAUGGGCGGGGGUAUUGAAGCUGGCGGCGACAGCGGUUCUCGUCCGUCUGCCAACGAUGGCAGCCGCAGCGGUAGCGGCGGCGGCGGCGGCGGCGGUGGCCACGAAAAGGUCUACUCUGACGACUACAACGACCGGGCUUGCGCCGUGCUGCUCAAGUACCAGCGCGUCGCCGGCUUCGUGCUGGGAGCGGGGGAACAAGACGGCGGCGGCACCGGAAGAAGAAGAGCGGGGACGAAUCCCGGCGCCGCGCCGUCUCCGGAGGACAUCGUCGAGUGGCUAGACGAGCGACUGCUCGACAAGAACGUGGCCCCGCUCUACCGCACGGGCCUGAGACCGGAGCACGUCCAGCCCGUCCUCGAGACGUUGUUGAGCGGCGGCGGCGGCGGCGACGGUAACCACGAUGGCGGCGAGAAGGCGGCAUUGUUGGCGUUCGGGGUAUUGGGGGAGGCCGCCGUUCGGUCGAUUGUUGCGGGCGAGGCUUGCACACGAGACGCAGGUAGCAGCAGAGGUGGGGAACAGGAGAAGCAGGUGGAGGGAGUGUCGGCGGAAGCUGCGGCUGUGGUUUCGUCCAUCUCGGGGGACGGCGAGGGUCCUCCGGGCCGAGAGGCACCCCAGACUGGGCCGUGGCAGAAGAAGUGACCAAGCCGCAUUCGAGCAACAGCAGGAGGAGGAGGAGGAGGAGGAGGAGGUUGUUGCUAGCGUUGUUUCCCAAAGAAGAGAUGGGCUACGAGGCGGGCGGCAUGACGGCUGUUUCAGCUCUCGAUCCAGUUAGCGUUUCUACGGUAGUCUGCUUAUAUGCUAUGCUCCAUGGCGUUUUGGCCUUUCCUUGCGUGAUGACGUGUAGACAACCUUCUCAAUAGAUACAGUGUGUACGUCACGUGUUGUUUGGUGGCGCCUUGCCACAGCACUCUAACUAAGCACUUCUGGCUUAAAUGUUUUGUA